UUUCUGUGCCAUUGGCGUGUUGACUGACUGACUUGCGAGUACUUAUUAUCAACGCUGCGAGGGAUGUGAUAAGUCGCCACGAUGCAGCUUUUGACUUGAAUUAGCCAACAAUAUUGGACUCUCUAUCUCUCUCUCUCUCGCUCUCCUUUUUGUCACUCGCUGUUUUACUCUGCCCAAAUGUUUAAAGAGUGGCGCAAGUCGAGCCACAAGCGAUGGCAACAGCAGCAGCAACAACAACAAAAGCUGCGCCAGCUGCGACGCCGCAUGCUUGACAGAGAGACAAUGAUUGUGUUUGUCUAUGACACAGAGUGUCUGAAGGACGAGGCAGAUGAUCCCAUUGCCGCGGUGCUCUAUUUUCAUCCCAGUUGGGUUUCGGACACUCAGAAGGUGGCGUUAUGUGGCCAGCUGAUGGGCACAUCGUACUUCCUCAAGGAUUGCUUCUUCAAACCGCGCAUUCUGGCUCUGCAAAAUGGCAAGUUCGUGCUCAAGGAGUUUGGUCGAUUUACCCUGGCUGUGGGCACAGAUCGGAACAUUGCGGAUCAGCUGCUGCAGCAUCGGGCGAAUCUAUUGAGUUCCCUUUUGAAGUUCUUUCAUCGCGACUUGCAGUCACUGCAUGAACAGUACUCACAGCCCGCCCAGCAGCACAGUCGGAAUCUCAGCGAGAAACUAUACCACAUCUUUGAGACAUAUCUGCCGAUGCUUCAACGCAAUGGCAACACAUUCCAGAAUGUACCCAAGCUGCGCAUGCCCAAGACCGCCAGUCAUAUUUAUCUGGAGGCCAUACAGACGCUGCAGAGCUGCCAGCAAACAAAGGGCAUCCUCGGAGGCGCCAUUCUCUACCACAACAAAGUGGUUGCCUCCCAGCUGGGAGAUGUGGUGACCAAGCAAUUGGUGCUGACAGAUCCUCGUCACGUUCGCACCACGGCUGAGCAGCUGAACAUGCAACAGUUUCACAUACCAAACGGUGUCCAAAUGCUGGUGGUGUAUGUGGAGCAGCAGCAAUAUGGCAAGCUGGCCGCGGAAGCACAACGUGCUCAGAAUCUGCAAACGACGACAACACAGUUGGGACAGGGAGCGUUGCCAUUUCAGUAUGCUAAGCGAAAGCUUAAGCGCGACAAGUCGCUGAUCUUCACCCACAUUCCCGAGGAGGAACAGGCAACGGAUACGGAUACAAUGAAAGCAGUGGAGCUGCCGACUGCCAGACCCAAGUCAAUGCGACCAACCCAUCUGCCGUUGCGCUUGAAGAGUCUGCACAGCAAGGAGCUGCCAGAGUCGGGCAUUGCUUCGAUCAAUUUCGAUGAGACGGACUCGUAUCCGGAGUUCAUUGGACGCACGAGCGUCUGCAACACGCCCAUGACAGAGAACAAGGUGCUGCCGGUGGCCAACGUCAUGUCCAUUUGCGCCAAUCCCGAUGAGCAGGAUGCCGACGCACACAAUUCCAACGGCAAGUCGGCAACGGCAUCAAACUCUCGUCGAAACUCACUCAAGCUGGAUGUGGAAAAGUUCUUUCAGAACUUUAUUACCAAUCCGCACAAGCAGCUGACGCGUCGCAAAUCCUCCGCUGAUUUGCAAGACGCCUUGCGUGCCAUCUCCAAGAAGCUCGGACACUUCACGACCAGCUUCAAGACGGAUGUGAAUCGCAAUGGCAACGAUGUCGCCGACGUUAGUAACGAUCCCUCUCCGGACUACAUAGAGAACGACGAGCGCAGCAGCUCACGGACCAUCGGAGAUCCCACCUAUCCGGUUUUCAAUGCCAACGGACAGCAGAUAUCGCGCAGCUUGUUCCAACAGUUUCUGGAGCAGUAUCGCAAGCUGUGGGGCGUUGCCAGUGAGCAGGCGGCACAGGAUGACGAAUUGGCAGCUCUCGUUGCGGAGUUCCAGGAGUUCAACAUGGAAAUUCAAAAGCUGGACGAGCACAUGCGACAACAGGCGGCAUCCGCCGAUGAAGCAGAUCGUAAUCUAAACAUAGCAGCAAAGACACCGAUGGAUAAACGUGCCAUGUGUCUGCCCCUCAAACCAGCUGGCGAGUCGAGCAACGUGGAUGCAGCUCUCGGCCAGCGUCGUGUCGGCGGCGGUGGUGUUCCAUUGACGCCACUAAUGGCUAAGCUGUCGGUGCUGGCCUUAAACGAGACCACGCCCAUUGAGAUACAGACACCGCUGACCAGUAGUAAAGUAUUUCCGCGUCGCAGCUCCCUUAAAUGCGAGGAUGCAGUCGAUGCGCUGGCUGCCUUCUCCAAUGCACCGCCAGCACACUUAUCCGGCCAAUCGGAUGGACUGCAGCGAACGGAGCUGUAUAUAUGUGGGCAACAGAACAUGACGCUGCUCCUGCUGAUGGAAGAGGGCGCCUGCCGUCAACAGACAAUUGUCCAAAAGAUGUUUGACAUUUGCGUGGCUAAAUUUCCGCAUAUGGAAUCUCUGCUGAAUCAAACAUUGAAUGUCAAUGUGGAAGGCGACAAGCGGGAUGGCAGCAACUAUAGCUUCAUGUGCAUUGAUGCCAAGUGGGAUGCACUGCAGCGAAAUGGGCCAUGGAAUCCACUGGAACUGACCACGCUGGAGAGCAUGCAUCGGGAUCUGCAGCAGCCGAGCGGUCAACUCACCGAUUUGAUACUCCGAUCCCAUGACUCUGUCUUUUAUGGGUACAAGUGCGGACGCACAGAGUUCUUCUACAAGGAGCCAACACAUCAGAUCAAUGGCAUUCCUCCACCAUCGGAUCCAAUUGGGAACAUUCAAAUGCGCGCCAAGUCACGUCUGGAACGUGAUCAUUCCUACUUGCUCUUGUAGAUUACAGAUUUCAGAUACCAGUUAAAGAUUUACAGUGUAAUUCGCUUAAUUGCCACAAUACUUAAUUGCACAUUCAAGAUAACAGCCCCAGACUUGGCGUAAAUUGACAAAAUAAGAAUCUAGUUUUAUAAUAUGCAAUAAAUGCACCAGUUUAUGUGUUAAAGUUGAAUGUGGAAUUAAGCAUAUUGUACUGUAAAUACAUACAUUAAAUACUCGCAAGCUUAGCCAAAAACUUACAGAUAAUGUCCAGAUGUUACAUGGGGCGUGUCUAAGGGCAGCCCCCAAGCCAAUUUAAUGCCAUCCGUUGUAACUGUAACUUACUUUGCCAUCUCAGUCUGCGUUACUAUGUGUUGACGAUUGUAACUCUCCUAGAGACAAAUUUUCACACACUGUGUAAACGUGGCAUAGUUUAACAACUAUUUUUCUAUUCUUAAGCUCAUUUGCAUAGCUUUUUGCAAAAGUCCUUCCUUCCAUUUAUUUUCGUUUUGUUCCAUUGAUGUAAAGUACAAAAUCUUAUUAUAGUUGUAUUAUUUUUUAUUAUGGUGCAUUUGAUGACCUUUUUAAUGCCAUAGGAAUGUCGUUAUUACUGGGAUAUUAAAUGCAAUUUAUUAAUUUUUAUUUUAAUCUUAAUGUGCUGUCUUGGUAUUAAUUAUGAACCUAUCGAACUUACAAAUCGGAUAAAUACUAAGCGCAUAGUGCCAAUUUAAAUGCAAAUGCCGUCGAUGUGUAUAGAAAAUGCUAUAUAAACCUAUGCAUAAAUAAUAUG